AUGUCUUCUCAACCCCCUCACAACACCCUCCUGAUCCCAGGACCCAUCGAGUUCGACGAUGCCGUCCUCCAGUCCAUGUCCCAUUAUGCUGAGAGCCACGUCGCUCCCGGCUUCGUCAAGGUCUUCGGUGAGACCUUGACUCUCAUUCGCAAGCUCUUCCAAUCUACCUCCCCAACCGCACAACCUUUCCUUAUCGCCGGCAGUGGAACCCUGGGCUGGGAUCUCGUCUCUGCCAACCUGAUCGAGCGCGGCGAGAACGCUCUCGUCCUCAACACCGGCUACUUCGGCGAUUCCUUCGGCCAGUGUCUCGAGACCUACGGCGCCAACGUCACACAUCUGAAGACUCCUAUCGGUCAGCGCCCCAGCCUGGAACAGAUCGAACAAGCCCUCAAGGAGAAGUCAUACAAGGUGAUCACGCUCACCCACGUUGACACAUCAACCGGUGUUUUGUCCGACGUCAAGGGCGUAGCGCAAUUGGUGCGCCGCGUCAGCCCCGAGACCCUUGUGAUCGUCGACGGUGUCUGCUCCGUCGGAUCGGAGGAGAUUGCCUUCGACGAGUGGGACCUCGAUGCCGUUGUGACCGCCUCCCAGAAGGCCAUCGGCUGCCCUCCCGGUCUCAGCAUCGUCAUGACUUCCGGCCGCGCUAUCCAGGCCUCCAAGAACCGCAAGACCCCCGCCGGAUCUUACUACGCUUCUAUCGCCAACUGGUUGCCCAUCAUGCAGAACUACGAGAACAACAAGCCCUCUUACUUCGCUACCCCUCCUACCCAGCUCAUUCACGCCCUGCACACCACUCUCCUCCAGAUCACUGCCGAUGUCCCAGGCCGCUUCGCCCAACACGCCCAGGUCUCGGAUAAAGUCAAGGCUGCUGUCGCCGAGCUUGGGCUCAAGCAGCUUGCUGCCAAUCCUGAGGCCCAGGCUCAUGGUAUGACUGCCAUGUACCUGCCCGAUGGUCUGACCCCUCCUGAUGUUCUCCCUGGUCUGCUUAAGCGUGGUGUUAUCUUUGCAGCUGGCCUGCACAAGGAGAUUGCUACUAAGUACAUCCGCUUCGGUCACAUGGGUGUCAGUAUCACUGACCCCAAGCGCAAUGAUGUUGACAAUGCCCUGGCGGCGCUUAAGGAAGCUCUUGCCGAGGCUAAGCAGGCUAAGGGUCUGUAA